AUGCAAAAAAUAACACAUUUGUGGAAUGUGAAUCAAUUUAUUACAAAAUUAAAUUGUUCACAAACUAAGAAUUUGCAAACGUUUUACAUCAAAAAAUGUAGAACAUUGGGUGAAGGAAUGCAACUUCCAUAUCAAAAUUUUAGUCCUUCAGUGAUGUGUCCAUAUUGUGGAUCACUUUGGGAAACAGUGGAUUAUACCAUUCGAAUAUCAAGAGGUAAAGAACUUUCCAAAUCCAUGAAAAAAGUUGCAUGUUCUAUGAAUAACAAUAACAAAAGAAUACCCAAAGUUCGAAGAAAAUUAGUAGAAAAGUGUUUAAAAAAUAAAAUGAACAAGUUAAUAAUUAAAUGUUCAGUUUGCUCAAAAAGUACAAAAAUGGCUUUUAAUAAACCACAAAGAGAGAAGAUACAAAAAACCAGUUCAGAAGGUGUUCAAAGCUGUCAAAAACGGAAAAAGAAAAGGACCAAAGAUAGGACUGCUGGUUUAAACAUUUCUGGAACUGUAAACUCCAAUACAGAAAAUAUUUCAGGAGGAUUGAAAAAAGUAAACACAAAAAGAGUGAGAAACACUACAAACUUUAUUAAAUCAACUCAGAAGUUAAAAUUAAAUAUAAAUCGAUUAAAAGAUUAUGUGAAUAAAGUUGCAACACCUCCAAAGAGGAACAGUCUACAGAGCUUUUUAUCAGAGCUUUGCUGA